AUGUCCAUCAGAACCUUCCUCGAAUCGCUCAAAGCGGUCCCCAUCAAGGGCCCUAUAAUAAGAAUUGUCUCCGGCAACCAAUCAUGUGACAUGGACUCGGUUGUGAGCGCGAUCGCAUACUCAUACUUCUAUUCUAAGAAGUACCCAUCGGAAGAACCCUUCAGACCGCUUCUCAACAUCCCACAAGACCAAUUGAGGCUCAGAAAGGAUAUUUUAUUGCUUCUCGAAUCCAACUCCAUCGACCCAAAGCAUCUCUACUUUCUAGAUGACGUCCAGGACUUGAUCAGACUGCUUCCAAAGGCAUCUUUGAAUGUGGCAUUGGUAGAUCACUGUAAUCUCCAGGGAGAUGUGUUGAUCCAGGCGUACGAGGAUAAACGGUUAGAUGUUGUUUCUAUUAUAGAUCACCAUCAGGACGAAGGUGUCUUUUUGGAUGCCUCUCCUCGAAUUAUUGCGGUCACUGGCUCUUGUUCUUCAUUGGUGUUCAACUACUGGAAGUCUGUCAUUGACACGGUUAUCGACGCAAGCGUAGUCAAACUCCUUUUGGGCCCUCUUCUUCUUGACACUGGAAACAUGGCUCAGAAAGUCGAGCUGGGAGAUGUAUUGGCUAUCUCUGAAUACAAAAAGAUCCUCGAAAGUGCUGGAACUUCCCUUGACCGCGGGGUGUUUGCUGUCAAUGGCGGCAAAGAUAACUUCCAGGAAGUGUAUGAGGAUUUGAAAAGAGCAAAGAAAAACCUUGACGACUUCCUGCCUUCUGAUAUCUUCUUGAAGGAUUUCAAACUGUUUGUAUUUCAGACAAAGGGGGCAGAGUCGGUCAGUAUUGGUUUCAGCUCCCUUGGCAAGCCCAUUUCAUGGCUUUUCAAGAACUUUAAAACCGAAGAAGUAUUAGAAGGUAUCUACGACUUGCAGAAACAGUACCUGCUUGAUAUAGUGAUCUUGGGCACAUCAUUUAGCAGAGGCGAGAACAGAGUUCAUGCUCGUGAGUUCUGCUACUUUACAAAGAAAGCUGCUUACUCGAGUUUAGGCGACUUUACAAGCUACUUGGAACUCAAUUCUGACGUCUACAAACUCAAAGAAUUUAAGGACAAGAUGAAGGCGAUCAACAAAGACAUAAUCUUUAAAGUUUACAACAUGGGAAAUACCGCGGCCUCCAGGAAACAAACCGUUCCUGAAGUUAAAAGAGUGAUUGAGACAGAAUAUUGA